AAUAAACGUUUACCCUCGGACAAACGUUGUUCUCGCUUCCAUCGAACAACAUUCAUUAUAAGAACUCCAUCCAGAGAUCUAAAACUCAUCAACUGAAGCCUCCAUCCAAGAACACAAAAUGGUUGUGAAGGUGAUCGGUGCUCCCUAUGCUUCUUGCACAAGAAGAGUCCUUACUUGCCUCAUCGAGAAGGAGGUUGAGUUUGAAAUCAUCCCCAUUGAUAUCCUCAAGGGAGAACAAAAGAGUCCUGAAUACCUUAAAUUGCAGCCAUUUGGAGUUGUACCUGUGAUACAAGAUGGAGACUACACUUUAUAUGAGUCAAGAGCAAUCUUGAGGUACUAUGCAGAGAAGUACAAGUCACAAGGGACUGAUCUGUUGGGGAAAACUGUGGAGGAGAGGGGUCUUGUAGAGCAAUGGCUUGAGAGUGAAGGGCAGAACUACCAUCCACCCAUUUACAAUCUAGUAGUUCAACUUCUGUUCAAUCCUAAAUUAGGUGUUCCUGUUGAUGAUAAUGUUGUUAAGGAGAGUGAAGAGAAGCUUGGGAAAGUGUUGGAUAUUUAUGAGGAGAGGCUCUCAAAGAGCAAGUACUUGGCUGGGGAUUUCUUUAGCCUUGCUGAUCUGUCAAGCCUCCCUUUCACACACUACUUGGUGAAUAAUAUUGGGAAGGGAUAUAUGAUAAGGGAGAGGAAACAUGUGAGUGCAUGGUGGGAUGAUAUUACUAGUAGGGCAUCUUGGAAGAAGGUCCUCCAGCUCUAGAGCUGUGGGGUUGGGUUCGCCCUUGUUUCUAGGGCGCUUAUAAUAAAACUUAUAAUAAAACUGUUUUCUGUUUUUAUUUUAUGCUAUCAGUUGUAAGUGGGAGAAGGGGUUUGGUGUUCUGUUAAUGAGAUUGCAUGUCAAAUCAAUUAUUGGUUGGAUUAUCUUUA